ACGAAUCCACGUUCAAGUUACUGCAACCAAUCACCAUUCACGAAAUAUGCAGAAGUUGUAUUCACAGAUAAUCCUACACAUGAGUACAAACACCAGCGACUGACGGACAGGAGGGCAGAUUCAUUUUAGUAUUAUUAUUAGCUCGCUGGUAAUCUAUUAAAUAUACACAUUUGAUACAAUUUCUACGUGGGUAUGGCAGAGGAGGUAACGAAAACCACAGGCGAACUCUCCGUGGGUGAGAUGUAUGUGUCUGACAAAGAAGGAAAUGACCAGGACGGUGAUGGAACAGAGCCGAAGCCUUUCAAGACCUCAUUGAGGGCUUUGACAUUUGCUGGAAAGGAGCCAUUCCMAACCAUCUAUGUGGACUCUCAGAAGGAAGGAGAGCGUUGGGCAGUGAUCUCCAAGACGCAGAUGAAAAGUGUGAUGAAGUUAUUUGCUAGAGAGCAGAUGAAGAGCGACUCCAAAGACAAAAAAGAGGCAGAGGAUUCUGAGAGACGAGAGAAGAACCUGGAAGAAGCGAAGAAAAUCACCAUUGAGAAUGACUCGAGUCUUCCAGAGCCCAAAACGGUGAAAAUCUUUCAGCUGGAGCCUCUCCGAGGGGAGAGAGUGAAGGUGUUUGGCUGGGUGCACCGAAUGAGAAAACAAGGAAAGAACCUGCUGUUCAUUGUGCUGAGAGAUGGAACUGGUUUCCUGCAGUGUGUUCUCAACAAUAAAUUGUGUCAGUGCUAUAAUGCCCUGGUGCUGUCCACUGAAAGCACAGUGGCUCUGUAUGGGACAGUGAAGCAAGUACCUGAGGGGAAGCAGGCCCCUGGUGGUCAUGAGCUGCACUGUGACUUCUGGGAGCUGGUGGGUCUGGCGCCGGCUGGAGGAGCUGACAACCUGCUGAAUGAGGAGUCUGAUGUUGACGUUCAGCUCAACAACAGACACAUGAUGAUCCGUGGGGAGAACGUGUCCAAGAUACUACGGAUCCGCUCCACUGUCACACAGUGCUUCAGGGAUCACUUCUUCACCCGCGGAUACUCACCCCACCCACUCUGGUGCAGACCCAGGUGGAGGGAGGUUCCACCCUGUUCAACCUGAACUACUUUGGGGAGGAAGCGUUCCUGACCCAGUCCUCUCAGCUCAGCCUGGAGACCUGUAUCCCUGCUCUGGGAGACACCUUCUGUAUCGCACAGUCCUACCGUGCAGUGCAGUACAUCACCCGCAGGCACCUGUCUGA